AUGGCUGCCGUCGUCAAGAAGCCUCCGGCGACUGGUCGCGAGACACCCACUGGAACUCCGCAGCGCCCGAGUGCGAGAUCAUCAACUCCUACCACCUCCAGCACGUCUGGCACCACACCCGCCGCCGCAACACGCAGCGCCCGUCCUUCACGCACCGGGACACCUGUCUCCGCACGUGCGGCCGCCCACGAAAGGCGCCAGUCCCUUCUCAACGGCAUCUCUAGCAAUGGCAGGAGCGGUAGCCCAGCCGACGCCGAGCGUGAUGAGGCCAUCCGCGCCGAGACCGUGGCCAUCAUCGACGACUUGAAGACGCGACUGGAGAGGGCCGAGAGCUCGGCCGAGUCAACCAAGCGUCAGGUCGAGAUCCUUCAGGACAAGCUGGACGAGGCGCACAGGGAGCAGGCGAAGCUUGAGGAGAGGGUUCACGAACAAGAAGAGCAGAUCGAGACACUCACCAAUGAGAAGCGCGAGACUGCCCGCCAGAUGCGCGAGAUGGAGAACAUCUACGAGGCUGAGCGGAGUGGCAUGAUGAAGGAGAAGGAGGAGAUGGCCAACCGCGAGGAGGAGAUGCAGACCGUGAUUCAGCGCCUCAAAGACAGCCUCGCGCAGAGGAACCUGGACGAGGACAGGCCGACGCGGCAAUCCGUGACCAACUCGCCCAGCAUCGAAAAUGGAAGCUUUGCGCCCCCUUCGUCCAUCCACCGCAGCGAUUCACGCAACAACUCCAAGUUGUUGCUGCAAAAGGACAAGCUGAUUGAAUCUCUCAGACUCGAGUUGGCCGAGGCACAGAUCAAGCUUGUCGAGUCGCAAAACCAGGGCGGUGGCCGUCUUCAGGAAGUUGAGCGCCAGCUCAUGGAGGCCCGUGUGGCCAACGCUAGGUUGAUGGAAGACAACGAAAGUUACCAGCUGCUUCUCCAAGACCGGACUCUCAAGGGCGACUUUGGAACGAACGAUUUCAGCUAUCUCGGUCACGCCUCGGCGAACCAAGACGCUCUCGCUGCCCUGGAAGGCAGAUCCAACGGAGCCAGCUUGGCCGAUGAGCUCAACGGCGCUGCCGAAAGCGACCCCCCAAACGAACAGGAGCUCGAGGCUCAGAGGCGCCUAGAGGCGGAGAUCAAGUCGGUUAAAGACCAAAAUAAGGCUCUGACUCUUUACAUCAACAAGAUCAUUGAGCGUCUGUUGCAGCACCAAGGAUUCGAGCACAUCCUCGACCAGAGCAGCGAUUUCAAGGGCAACGCAAACGCAAACACCAACAAGGAACUCCCCCCGCCCCCCACCCCCAAGCAGGCGGCCCCUCCACCUGGACCGUCCCUCCUCCAGCGCGCCAAGACGAUGAGCAUCGGCGGCGGCGUCCGCCCCAAGCCCCGCCCCAUGAGCUUCAUGCCCUCGGCCAGCGCCGACGUCUCCAACCCGGAAACGGCGCCCAGCAUCCCCAUCGGCCUGACCCGUAACACCUCGACUCGCCGUGCUAGGCCCAUGAGCGAUCAGUACACCUCUGUCGGCGCCGCCUCGCUCGUAAACGCCAUGUACAAGGGCCCUUCCGCCGUUGACGGCCCGCUUUCCCCAUCCCUCCGAUCCUCCCAGACCUUCUGGGCGCCCCAGGGAGCAGGCAACCGCUCCAGCAUGAGCGGCAGCACCAGCGGCAACGGCCCUCAAAGCGCCCACUCCACGACCGGUGCCCCUCCAGCUUCGGCGGGCAACUUCCCGGGCAUGCGAAGCGAAACAAGCAGCACGAGCGGGGACUCGAUUCUCGAACGGGAUUUCGUCUCCAGCCAUAGCUCCCCUCCCAGAAGCCAGCACGAGAAGGAGAAGACGACGUUUGGGGGCAACAAGCCCAGGCCGUUGAGGCUCGUGCAGGAGAAUGCCGAGGCUCAAGCAGCGGCCGAGAGGGCGAACAAGAGGAACAGCUGGAUGGGAUGGGCAACGAGCGCGUUUGUGAAGAAGGAUGAGCAAGCUGUUGGGACGGCCGAGACAAUUAGGGAGUAG